AUGCACAUCCACCCACUCGAAGCAGCAGACAUCCCGGAGGUCGCCUCCAUCCUGGCCGAUGCUCUGUUGGAUGAUGAACUCUGGGCGUGGCUUGCUCCGAACCGGUUGAAAUACUAUUCCGAAUACCGGGCUGGCUUCUUGAUGCGAACCAAGGUGCGGUUCUCGACCCCCGGAUGGGUCCUCCAUGUUGCUGUAACAGAUCCUGAAGAUGAGGUCGGGAGAGAGCAUCGUCGGGAGCAUGGCCAAGGGUAUGAGCCAAGGGGGAAAGUUGUUGGCUACUGUGCCUGGGAGCGCGUGGGCGACUCUCCACAAGCCAGGAAGUGGAGGGAGGACAAAGAAACCAUCGGAUGGUGGCUAGAGAGACGGCUGCUAAACCUACAACUGCGAUACGCCGAUAUGUUCAUCCAAAACAACGCCAUCGAUAGUUCCAGGCUACGAACUUACGCCUCAGCAACGGCCGGUAACUUCCCGUCAGACAUUUUCCCGGAGCUCUGGUACGUUGGCAUGCUCGCAAUUCACCCCGGAUAUCAGCGGAUGGGAAUUGGGAAAAUGCUGCUGCAGUGGGGAAUAGAGCGGGGGACGGCGGAGAAUGUACCCGUGGGAUUGGAGCCCAGUCUCAAGGGGGCCGGACUAUAUAAGAAACUUGGAUUCCGGGACCUGGGAACUGUGGAGCUAAUGGGCAAGGAAUGGGUGGCCAUGAUGCUCUGGGAGCCGCCAGGCCUGAGCGCUGAGGAGAGCUGGUUUGGAAGGGCAACGGAAGCGGAGCGGGAGAAGGAAGAGGAGAAAAUGAUGCUUAAGGGGGUGGAAUAA